AUGAGCGAAGCCGAGGAAAUGCGCGUCGACCCCAUGAGAGCCCAAGCUCUCAUCUCGCAGCUGUCGUCGGUCAAGGAGCGCAUCGGUGCCCUCGCAAAUGGUCGUGAUGCAAGUAGACGUGGACCUCCGCAGCACACAUCGUCUACUGCCAACGGCACAACACCGUCAGCUAACACACCACAGGUCAGGCUCGUCGCCGUGUCCAAGCUCAAACCCGUCAAUGACAUCCUCGCCCUCCACCAGGCACCCGCCUCCCACCGUCACUUUGGCGAAAACUACACCCAGGAGCUCACUCAAAAGGCACAGCUCCUCCCCAAGACCGUACAGUGGCACUUCAUCGGCGGCUUACAAUCAGGCCACUGCAAGACACUCGCCAAGAUCCCCAACCUGUUCUGCGUCUCAUCCGUAGACACCCUCAAGAAGGCAAACCUCCUCAACACCGCGCGCGGCGCCCUCCUCGCCUCGGAUCCGUCGCUCCCAAAGCUUUCUGUCCACGUGCAAGUCAAUACGUCCGGGGAGGAAGCCAAGUCUGGCUGCGCCCCGGGCAAAGAAACCGUGGCGCUGUGUCGCGAAAUCAUUGGCAAUUGCCCGAACCUGCAUCUCCUGGGGCUCAUGACCAUUGGCGCCAUCGCGCGGAGCAAAGCUACGACUGCGGAGAAUGAAAACGAGGACUUCAUCGCGCUCAAGGAGCAGAGGGAUUUGGUGGCCAGGGAGCUGGCGCUGGACCAUGGGAGGUUGGAGCUGAGCAUGGGCAUGAGCGAGGACUUUGAGGGGGCCGUCGUUUUGGGGAGCGGCGAGGUGAGGGUUGGCAGUACGAUUUUCGGCACGAGGCCCGCAAAGGCUGAUGCAAGAAUUAAGGAGUAG